AUACUAAAAUUAGGAUUGUUGACAAUUGUGUUACAAACCAAAGCCAAAGCAUGGCCAAGCGCAAACAAAUUACGGAUAAUUCAUCAAGUGGUCUGAAACCAAAGAAGCAAAAGAAAGAUGUGAUUUUGCAACCAGUUGUACAGUCGGACGCACCAGUAGAACGACAAACAAAAUGGAAAAACAAGCAGAGAGUUCUUGUCUUCUCAUCACGUGGUAUAUCUUUUAGAACCAGACAUCUUAUGAAUGAUUUGCGAACAAUGAUGCCACAUUCUAAAGCAGAGCCCAAAAUGGAUAGGAAAGACAAACUAUUUAUUAUCAAUGAGAUUUGUGAAAUGAAAAAUUGCAACAAGUGUUUAUAUUUUGAAGGCAAAAAGAAACAAGAUGUAUAUUUAUGGGCAUCAAAUGUUCCAAAAGGUCCAUCUGCAAAAUUUCUUGUAGAAAAUAUUCACACGAUGAGUGAAUUGAAGUUAACAGGAAAUUGCUUGAAGGGAUCUCGACCAUUGUUGUCUUUUGAUAAGGCUUUUAAUUCUGAACCUCACUGGAUGUUGUUGAAAGAAUUAUUUGUACAGAUAUUUGGCACGCCAAACCAUCAUCCCAAGAGUCAACCAUUCAUUGAUCACGUGUUUUCUUUUUCGAUUCAAGACAAUCGUAUUUGGUUCAGAAACUAUCAGAUAUUGGCAGAAGAUGGAUCUCUAGCAGAAAUAGGACCUAGGUUUGUACUAAAUCCAAUACGGAUAUUUGCCAGCAGCUUUGGUGGUGCAACCCUGUAUCAAAACCCUUACUAUGUAUCACCCAAUGAAUUUCGAAGAACACUCCGUCAACAGAAAGCUGACAAAUACAACCAAAGACAGGAAGCUAAAGUGUCUCAAGAAUUACGCAGACCUGAGAUCACUUACAACAUGGACCCAACAGAUGAAGUAUUUAAUACAAUUACAGAAAGUGAUUUUAAAAAAUGAGUCAUUUUUUGUAACCUUUUUUUUUUUUUUUAUUAUUAUUAUUUUUAAAUGACAAAUGCACAUUAAAUACAAAAAAAUGCC